CUUUCCGCGGUUAACGGUGUUACCAGUCGGUACGUGUUAUCCAUAUAAUAAUAUUACGUGAUAACUUUUGCCGGGUUCCCUGUAUUUAAUAUUUGCUUUUGGCUGUAAAAGAGCUUAUUAUAUGCGGAAUUACAGCCAUUUAGGAAGAAACAUAUCAACAUAAAACCUAAAAUCACAAUGAUAAGAAUGGACGCUAAUAAUCCUGGGUUAAUUUUUAUUAUUUCAGGAAUAUGUGUACUUCUUUAUGGUGCAGUCAGUGUGCAUUUGUAUACAAAUUCUGCGGACCAUGUUGAAAAUUUACUCGCAAACUUGUUGUUCCAAGGAAAGUUUAUCUGUUGUUUAGGCUUUGUCCAAGCAUUUUUAGGAUGUCACACAAUGCUUCGUGAUAACAUCAUAUUCAACCGAUUUAUGUCUUUUACAGCGUUUGUCCUAUGGACUGUGUUGGUUCUGCUGAACAUGAUGAGGAACACAUACCUUGCGUAUAAUUACGAAAUGGGAUUGUGUCGGCGAUUUGUGCUGUGUGUCAUGUCUGUAGUGCCAUGGGCCCUAACAGUUAUAUGGCAGAUCUUGAUACACCGACAACUGAUUCGUGAAGGCGACCCGAGGCAAAGAAAUUAAGUGAAUGCAAGAUUCCGCUAACAAUUAUAUUAUAAAGGAUUUCGAACCAAGUAAUAACGCUCAUGAUAAUGACACUCAUUUAAACUUACACUUAUUUUAAUAAUUGAAAUAAAAUAAAACGACUUUGAGUAACUGUUCA